AUGAAUGUAGCGCUGGCCUCAUUUCUGCUGACUCUGGUCUGGCCCACUCGAUGUCUACUCUUGCGGCAAGACUCGCAGCGUGAUCUGCAUCCGAAAUUGGCAUCGCUUCUCGCAGCCCUCAACCAGACGGCCAGACUCAAGCUUGGUUCUGACAGAUCGAGGUCAGCAGUCCCAUAUUUGCAAAAUCUGGAGGCGACUUUACUCGCAAUGGCUCAGAACACAUCGCAAAUUCCUUCGCAACUCUUACAUGGAGUCAAGGAUGAUGUUAUGACAAUGGUAGCGAAUGAACUAAAACCCAGGAUUAUGACGGAGUACCGUCAGAUGCAGUCUCAGAUAGAUGAAUUCAGCGGCUUAUUUUCCAAAUGUGAGGAGGUGCGUGGAGACGGUCUGAACGAGUCCUAUCUUGAGCAAGAAGCGAUCCCAGUAUUGAUCGCAAACCACAAAGCAUGCAGAAAACAGGAGUCCCUGCUGCAAGACAGAUUGGAGGCUUGCAGAACCGCCCUGCAAUCUUCACGACUGGUCGAUGCUUCAACUUGCGAAUCGGCAAGGCUGCUGGACAGAAUCCCAGAGAUGUCUGUUUGCUCGACGCUGAACGGUGAAAGCGCCGAGGCUUAUCACCAUCGCAUGCUUGAAGUCUUCCAAGAUAGGUUGAAAAAUAUUCGAAUCCGGCGGCUCCUGUGCGAGAACACCACUGGUGCACUCCAUUUACAAGAGUCAGCCUGUGACACUCAAGACCAAGAAGUUAAGCACCAGCGGCAGAGCUGCGAUUUGAUGCAGCGGCAGCUUGACUCGGCCGCCUGUGAUCUCUCCUUAUCCAUGAACACAACUUGCUCCAAGUACCAAGCCUGCCGAUCACAGGCAACGCUUUCCUACGACCUGGUAAGAAACACCGUGAAGGCUAGAGAGUCCAACCUUCACGACGAAUGGAAGGCUUUGCAGCACAUUGAGUGCAUUUUGGAAGCAAUGGUGGGGAUCGAUAUCAUGAGAGCAGCGCAAGAAUGUGGCCGAGCAGUCUACAGCGUCGCGCAUCUCGUGGUCGUCUACAUCACCAUGCCAUCAUGCCAACCUUGUGAAGACUUAGCAGAAGUGCCCGGCACUUCAGACUAUAAUGCAACAGUUUUCGCCGGCAUACCAGCCAACGCACCAGUCGCAGAAUGUGCAGCUUCUUGCUGCUUUGCCUGA